AUGUUCCGGCAGUUCAUCACUGUACUAGCAGUCCCCAGCGCUCAGUCCCAGGCCAACUGGAACUUAUCUUAUCGCCCCAUCCCGCCAACGCACCAGCCUAAACCUCGGUCGCCGGAGGGAACGCCUGAGGCUCGCAAGCUCUGGUUCUGUUCGGCAGAGGCAAUCAAUCAUGGUGGCAUCAACACCAUCAAACGUGCCCAACACCUCUGUCUGAGCAACAAAGGUGCCUCUGCGGGUGCCUCUCCGCAGGCCAUGUCGUCAAACUACUGGGAGUCGACGCAGAGGCGCCAUUGGCUGCUCACCAAGGACCAGCUGGAAGCGAGGCGGGAGAAGCUCGAAAAGGACAAUGCCGAUCUCGUCCGCAUGUUUCCCCUGCAGCCGCCGCGACUUCUGGCCAUCUACUUCAAUCAACAGCUGCUGAGGCUCGGCAAGCGUCUGCACAUACGGCAGCAGGCCAUGGCGACGGCCCAGGUCUACCUCAAGCGCUUCUACACUCGGGUCGAGAUCCGUCGGACGAACCCGUACCUCGUCAUCACGACGGCCAUGUACCUCGCCUGCAAGAUGGAAGAGGCACCGCAGCACAUCCGGCUCAUCGUCACCGAGGCGAGGCAGCUGUGGUCCGAGUUCAUCGGGCUCGACACGUCCAAGAUUGGCGAGUGCGAGUUCUUCCUCAUCAGCGAGAUGAACUCGCAGCUCGUCGUCCACCAGCCGUACCGGACGCUGAACUCGCUACGCGGCGAGCUGGGCCUCGUCGACGACGACAUGCAGCUCGCGCGGUCGGUGAUCAACGACCACUACAUGACGGACCUGCCGCUGCUCUGCGACCCGCACACGGUGGCCCUCGUCGCCAUCCUCUUCACCAUCAUCCUGCGGCCCAACUCGUCGGCGUCGGCGGCGGCGCAGAACGCGUCGGCCUCGAUGGCCAUGGGCUUGGCCGCGGCGCAGGCGGCCAUCGGCCAGGCGCAGGCACGGGCGAACGGCCUCCCGGAUUCGCCUCGGCUGCCUUCGGAUGGCAAGGAGAAGCAAGCGGAGCCGAGGUCGACGAGGCUCGGACGCUACAGCACCUGGCUCGCCGAGAGCUCGGUGGACAUUGCCGCCAUGGUGGACGCGACGCAAGAGGUCAUUUCCUUUUACGAAUUCUACGAGCAGUACAACGACAAGCUUACUAGAGAGCAAAUCACCCGCUUCGUCAAGGCACGCAGUCUAGACAAGUAG